GCGGUGCGUGCCCUCAUCAAAGAUGGCGGUGGGUAGCGCCGCUGGUCAUUAGGCUGCUGCCGCUCGCUCUUCGCCUGGGUUCGUGCUCGAGAUGGCAGCGGCCGAGCUGGAGUACGAGUCCGUCCUCUGCGUGAAGCCCGAUGUCAACGUCUAUCGCAUCCCGCCUCGCACCUCCAACCGUGGAUACAGGGCAUCUGACUGGAAGCUGGACCAUCCAGACUGGACAGGGCGGCUUCGUGUCACCUCCAAAGGCAAAACUGCCUACAUAAAACUGGAGGAUAAGGUUUCAGGAGAACUCUUUGCCCAGGCUCCCAUAGAUCAGUACCCUGGCAUUGCAGUAGAGACUGUGGCAGAUUCCAGCCGCUACUUCGUCAUUCGAAUUCAGGAUGGCACUGGACGAAGUGCUUUUAUAGGCAUUGGCUUCACGGAUCGUGGUGAUGCCUUUGACUUCAACGUCUCUUUGCAGGAUCACUUCAAGUGGGUGAAGCAGGAGACCGAGAUCUCCAAGGAGUCCCAGGAAGCUGACACACGUCCCAAAUUAGAUUUAGGAUUUAAGGAAGGGCAGACUAUCAAACUAAACAUUGGGAACAUGACGACAAAGAAAGGAGGAGCAGCCAAGCCCCGUGCGUCUGGAUCAGGUGGCCUAAGCCUGCUGCCACCCCCACCAGGAGGCAAAAUUGCAGCCCCUCCUAUUCCUCCCCCCUCUUCCACAGCCAUUGCCAACCACGUCACGCCACCACCUGUGCAGAAAUCCAGUAAUGCGAGCGGUGCAGAUAUUCUAUUAGACUUAGAUGCUCCUGCAUCUGCAUCCAAGGCACCAGUACCAGCUACCACAGACCUCUGGGGAGACUUCAGCACUGCAUCCAGCGCUGUGCCCAAUCAGGCUCCUCAGCAGUCCAACUGGGUCCAGUUCUGAAUGAUCAAAGCAGUGGAAUGGGGCAAACUGAUGACCAGGAGGCACUGGAGGCACCAAAUGGGAUCAGAGGGGGCACAAACCACUCUAGUCUUCAAUCAAAAACAAAUUUGGACAAUCUCUAAUUUUUAAACCAGACCUUCACUUCGGUAAAAACUUACAAUUUUUGAUCCUACUGAACCUAAAGAGAACAUACUGACUCCUCCCAAGAUGGGCAAGGAGGAGAGAGGUAGCCUUAUCUCUUCCGCCUACUUGGCCAUUGCAUGGUACAUCCUAGCUCCUUUUCCCUGUCUUUCCACACAGGGAAAGCAAGAAUCCUAAAGAAGGUGGGUACAGGAGUAGGCUGGGUAGGUGCCCCUGAGUUCCUUGUCCUCUAAAUUUUCUCUGGUUACGUUGUUGCUUUUUGUGGCUGUUUCCAGCAGUGACUCCAGUCUCUGCCGCUUGCAGUGCUGAGGACAGCUGCAUUUGGCUGCAGCUGGUAAACGGAACCUGUAAGGAGAUAGUUCUUGUCUCAACACAAAACCCUGUUGGAUUAAUGUGGUGAACCCUGUUCAUCUGUGGUGAGCCUCCCCCUGCACACACUACUCUUCUUGUCUCUGGUGCAGUUCUUGGUAGUGCUGGAUCUUCCUGUGCUCUUGUGGGAGGAGUCACCCAAGUCCUUGAGCAGACCUACUGCCACUGCGCUGUAGCUCCUGGUGGGCACCCUGUCUCCAGGCUCCAUAUUUGGCUUGAAGGUUGGCUGGAGCAACUUAGGCCAUUUUAACUCCUUUCUCCCUGUGCAAAGGCCUCACUGUCACUGAGCUGUUUUAACUGGAAAUAGCUUUAAAAAAAAAAACACAAAAGGACAGUUGUUAUAAUUUGGUAGUUACUUGCACUUAGAUGACAACAAAGUAAUUCCCACCACUUAGCAUUUCAUGUUCCUGCGUCACUAUCCUGAGCCCUGGCCUUGUUAUGUGACUUGGCACUGUACAAGUAUUGCAUAUCCAUGCCACAGUAGGAAUUAUGGUGGGACAGUGGAUUAUUUUCUGGAGAAGGACAGUCUUCUUCCUCUUUUUCAGCUCACGCUUACCAUUUGGGUAAGAAAUGUAUAGUAGGCCCAGUCUUGAGGACUGGCAGCAAAAAUCUCCCGCCUAUAUUCCUUAUUAUAGCUUUUCUUCUGAGGCUAACUUUGUAGGGAUGCGAGCUGGCAAUUGGAUCUUGGAUUUUAUUCUUAAAUUUUUAAUGUGCCCCAAGCCCCCUCUAUUUUCUGUGUGGUUUAGGGGUUUAGAAAGAAGGUAAAGGGCCCUUACUCUCUGCUUUUCUCUUUGGGAGAGCUCCCUGAGGCCCCUUGAUGUGGAUGCUACUUCAUCUUCAGCGUAUGAAUGUGAUCUGGGGUGUAAGUCUGUGAUUACUCUGGGCAAAGCGCACAGGGCAGGCUGGAAACCUCACAAUGCUGGCUACCCUUCAUGCUGGCUCAUAAGCCAAAACACUAGCUGGGAAGGUGAUCUCAGUGACUCUUGGACAGCUGUACCCAGUUACUGGAACACUAGGGUUUUGGUGCUUCACUGGAAGGCUUCUUCCUGUUUUGAACACUCAACACAGCAACACUUUUGUGUCUCUAGCACACCUCUGCAAGUAAACUUUUGCCUUUGGGCAAAAAUUUUCUGGUGAGGCUUUUAAAAGAGUAGUUAGAUGUAUGCACCUUGUACUGGCCUAAAGGUCUCUUGUCAUUUUUGUCUUCUUAUUACACUGAGGGCAUUUUGGAGACAAAGUUUCACUUAGACCAUCCCUCUGGGAAGCAACAUUAUUGAGAUAGCUCUAAAGCUGCUGCAGUUCCACUUGUGGAAGUGGGGACCAGACUGCUGUUGGAUGUAUUUUAAGUAGUCAUUUAAUCCUGAUUCUCUGGCGCUCUUGGUGUUUCCCCCUUGCCUUCAUAGUCACUCCUGCAGUCUCACUGCACUUCAACUUCCUGCCUCCUGAAAUUGUGGAUGGCUAUAGUCUGCCAGUGAAGUCAUGGACUCUGCUGGUUGGCUUUUUGUUUUCUUUGUCUUUUUAUGUUUGCUCAAAUCCUAGUGAGGUCCUGUCAUUUCAACUAUGUAUCAAAUCCCCAACCAAGGAAGUUCAUGGCACCAAUUAACAACUAACUAGAAGCCUCUUCUGUAUUGUCUUAGUAUUCUGGAGAUAAUAUAUUAUGUAUUUGAAAAGCUGAAGAAGCAAAAAUUAAAGAUAUAUGUAUAUAAAGCAAGAUGUACUGGUGCAAAUGAUAAUUAAACAAGUAAUAUUGGGGAAAAGAG